AUGUCAGAUUCAAAUUCUCAUCGAUUAAAAUUAUCCAUAGACAUCCAUUCAAUUAAAGAGCAUUCUUUUAGAGGUUUGAUUUAUGCUCAUUAUUCUCAUUAUCCACAAUUGGGAAUUAAAUAAUAAUUUAGAACAGCCCCAGUCAUGUAAUAAUGUAACAUAUAUAAUUAGAGAAAUAACUAAACCUUUUGUAGAAAUAUCAUUUUAAAAUUCAUUUGCUUCAUAUAUAUUUGAUACAAAUAAAGAAGAACUUUAAAAGAUAUUUGAAGAGACUUAAUUAUAGAUUGAGAUAUUUCAUUAAGAUAGAUUAAAGAAAGAUUAGUUUAUUGGGAUAUCAACAAUAAGUUUAGCAGAAUUAUUAAAAAGUCCAAUAAGAAAAAGUUCUAAAAGUUAUGCCAGAGCUUUAGAUGCAUAUUAUCCAAUAGAUGAUAAUUUGGAAUAAGAUGCAAAAAGAAUAGGUUUAUUAAGAUGCAUUUGUUAUCUUGAAGACUUAGGGCCUGUGGAUUAAUUACAGUAAUAAGAAUAAACAGCUAUUGAAUAAAUAGUUGGAGAUCCUGCAUUACCAGUAAUUAGUUAUCCAAAUUCUGAUGAUCCUGAAAAAUAAUAAGUUAUAUUGGAAUUGCAUUCAUUAGAACAUAAAGUUAUUUGGGAAUUAGAUACUUGGAAAAAAAGUGAAGAGGCUAAAUUUAGAGUCUAACUUAAAUAAAAAGAAUUUGAAUUAACUUCAAAAUUAUAUUAAGAUUUUAAAAACAAAGAAUUAGAUAGAGAAAGAUAACUCAAAUAAGCCUUAACUUAAAUAUAAGUUUUAGAAAAUAAAAUUAAAAAUAAGGCAACAGAUCUAUUAAAAAGAGAAUAAAAAAUUAUAUAAUUAGAAGAUGAAGUUAAAUCAAAACUUUUAGAAACUGCUAAAAUAAUUAAAGUAAAAGAUGAAGAAAUGGGUAUUCUUAUUAAAAGACAAAAAGAUGAGAAAUUAAAUUUGGAAAAAGAAAAAACACUUUUAAGUUUGAAAUUAACCGAUGCUUAAGCAGCUAUUCAAAAAUUAGAAGAAGAAAAUAAAAAUCUUAAAAAAGAAAUUGAAAAAUCUCCUGUUGCAAUUGUAAAAGAGAGCCUAUAAGAAAAAAAUAUGGAAAUUACAGAAUUAAAAAAAGAAUUAGAUAGAACUAAUUAAAUUAAAGAAUAAUAUAAGUAAUAUUAUGAAAAAAUGAGAGAUGAACUUAUUAAAGAAAAAAAACAAGCUCAAGAAAACAAUUCUUUAUCCUAAAAUACUUUAUUAGAAUUAGAAAAAUUAAAACUUGAAUUAUUAGAAGUUAAAUAAAAACAAUCACUUAAUACACAAACUAAUUCUUAAAUGAUCAAAUAAUAUAUUGACAAUCUUUAAAAUGAAUAAUAAUAGUAAUAAUAGUAGAUUAUAAAUACUCCAAAAGUUGAGCAACACUAAGAAUACUAUAAUCAACCAAAUAAUCCUUUCAAAAAUGGAUUAAUUGAUAAAUCAUCUUAAAAAAUCACUAUUUCUAAAAAUUAAAAAUCUUAUAAAAAUUACCCUAAUUUGGAUAAUAAAUCUGAUCUUCAAAGAUUAUUAUAGGAGAGAGAAUAUUUAGUCGAAAGUGGUGAAUAUCAGGUUGAUGAUCCAUUAAUAGAAGAAUUAACUAAAUAAAUACAAUAAUUAGGAGGUCAUUGA